AUGAGCCCUUCGAGCUCCGAAAGGUCCUCGAGCAGCGGUUCAGCCUCAGGCGAUAGGCCAAAAGAAGCACCGCCUAACACGACGAAGGAUGUUGCAGCAAAAGCCGCAGGAGAAGAGGAGUCUGAUUCUGACGAACAGGAGGCUUCCCGUGAAGAAGCUGAGGAGGAGAAAGAGGAGGAAGAUGAAGAGGAGGACCCUGAGGAGAAGGAAGGAGCAGAGCAAAGUGAAGAAGGAAAAGCCAAAGAGGUGAAAGAUCCCGACAGUUCCGACUCGUCGGAGGAAAACAAAAACAAGACGGAGGAAGCACGUGUUCGACUUGUGCCGGCGGGCCGUGCCCGCUCGCGAUCGGAGAAGGAGCAAAGCAAGCGAUCCAAGUCAAGGAAGAAGGACCGGUCUGCCAGCAAGCGGAAGAGGCGCACCUCCAGCUCUCCGAGUCGAAGGCGAAAGUCGCCAAAGCGCCCCAGCCGGGCACGUCCGGUGCUGAAGCGAGACCGCUCGCGCUCCAGGUCGGCGAGAAACAAGAAGGAUCACAACAGAUGGUCCAAAUCAAGGAAGAAGGACCGGUCUGCCAGCAAGCGGAAGAGGCGCACCUCCAGCUCUCCGAGUCGAAGGCGAAAGUCGCCAAAGCGCCCCAGCCGGGCACGUCCGGUGCUGAAGCGAGACCGCUCGCGCUCCAGGUCGGCGAGAAACAAGAAGGACCGCAACAAGCGAUCCAGGUCAAGAAAGAAGGAAAGAUCCUCCAGACGGAAGAGGCAUUCCAGCUCCAAGAGUCACAGGAAGAGGAGCCUGUCGAAGACCAAGGCAACAAACAAGGCUGUCGACGGUGCCCAGGCCAGAGCCAAGCCGGCAGCUGCUCCUGAAGCUCAGAAAGAGAGCACCUCUGCGACCAAGCCAUCUGGUCAGACUCCGGCCUUGUCUGCUGCGGAAGAGCUGCGGCAGGCGCUGUUUGGAACUGCGAAGCCGGCGCCAGUGGAAGCCCCAAAGCCGGCGCCCGCUCCGAAAAUCUCUUUCGGCAUACCCAAGAAGCCGCAGGUCAUGGAUUGGAGAAGGCGUUCAGCUCCCGAGACGAAGCCCUUGCAGCAGAACAGCAUGGUGUCUGUUCCAGGCACCGAGUUUGCUUUCCGAGCACAUGCAGGUGAGUUGGCUGCAGCCGUCGCUGCUGCUCAAGCGUUGCACAAUCCUCGCAAUCGGGAGAUUUCGCGCAAGAUCGCCACCCUCCUGGAGCAGUGCCCGCCAAUGACAGACGAAGCAUUGACCGCCUUGCGCGCGCUGCCGUCUGACCAGGUUGUUCAGGUGCUUCAAACCUUGGCAAGCAAGCGUGGCGAGAUCUCUGACGCAUCCGUGUGGGUCAGCCAUGUGGUGAACCGGCUGGCAGUGGCCGCCUUCAACACAGCGCAGGGAGUGCCCGUGCCAUCCACGAUGGUGACAGAGAUGCUGAACAGGCAUCUGCCGAAGUUGGCAACUGCUGCGAAGUCAUUGUUGUUGCAAAUCCCGGAGGUGGAUGCGAUCAAGAUCAUACAGGACCAUCUGACUUACCGUGGCGAUGCCUCAGACUCCGUCUUCCAGGCAGCAACAACGCAUCUACAGCAAGGGAUUGCAGCAACUUCGGCCUGCAACACGGUGUACCCAAUGGCCAUGGAUGCGUUUACCAUGAGCAGCAUGGGCUGCGGAAUGAUGCCUAUGGCGAUGCCGGGCUGCUUCGGUGCCAUGAUGCCUGGCCAGAUGUCUCCGAUGGCAGGGUGUGGUAUGAUGGGCUGCACCUGGGGAGGUGCCAUGCCAUGUGCGACGAAUGGCACCACUGAAGAAGCUGGUGCCACGGCCCCGGCAGCAACUGCGGCUGCUGCCGCGCCAACAGCAACAGCUAUCGAAGACACGGGGGAUGCCCAAUCGGCCACUGAGGAAGGUACUGCGUUCACGCAGCCGACGGCGGAAGCGGUGGAUGCUGCUGCGUCGGAGGGCGAGGAGACCUUGCCGCAGGAGUUCGUGAGCUCACUAGCGGGUGUAGCACCUUUGAAGCACGAUCAGCCAGGCGAAGGCUGUUAA